UAUCGUUGUUUUUAAAAGUUUGCAAACGUAACACAAGCAACUUGGAAAGUAACAUUAAUGUCAAUAUCGUUCGUUAUGAAUCUACAAUAUUUUAUAUAGAAAAGGAAAUGGACAGAAAAACAAUAAUUAGCACAGUUUUAUUAAAAGUUUUAAUUUGUGUACGAUUAAGUUGUUGCUACUACGUCACACGGGGAGCUUCAUUCCUCGAGGACUCUCUGAAUAUUAGUUUGGACUCAUAUGAAAUUGGUCAAAGAGAUGAAAGUUUCAAUGUCAACACGGUGGGCUGUAUUAUCCCAUCCAUCAAUAUUCGUGACGUUACAAUACAAAAUUACAUACACAAAACAAACAAACGAGCAAAAUUAUGUUACAAUUAUAAUACACGUUUGUUAGCGAGCAACCAAACACAUAUAUGGGUGAAGAAAUAUAAUUUUAUUUACCAUAAUGUUGAGGACGAAUCAAACUUUAUGUGUUGUUAUCAAUCCUUCCAUAAACCACUAUCAGUUCCGAACACAUCCUCCUACUUCAUCGACAACAUCCAAUACUUAAGUUGCAUAUUGUUUCAUGACAUCAUAGAAGUAAGUAAUGAAUUUGUUAAAGUGAACUGUUCCUAUGAAAACGAAACAAUAUAUGAACAAUAUUUUGUGUUUACACCGAAAAAAGAUUUCACUUAUACCAGACACAAUCCGUUCAAACCUUGGCCUGCUAACAAAACAAAUUACAAUAUUAUCAUGUUAGGAAUGGGAUCAAUGUCAAGACAGAACUUUUAUCGAACGAUGCCUAAAACCCUCGGAAUUCUGAAAAAACGGGAUGCCAUCGAACUAAAAGGUUACAAUACUGUAGCUGGCGAUACUUUUGAAAAUAUGAUGCCUGUUCUCGUCGGCAUGAACAAUACAGAAAUACAAACUACUUGUUGGAAAGAUCCAUGGUCUUCAUUAGACAACUGUCCUUAUAUUUGGGAAAGAUUUAAAGACGUGGGUUAUUACACAGCUUUGGUGGAAGAUACUUCAAAGUUAGGUAUGUUUAAUCAAUGGAAGCGUGGCUUUCAAGGUAGCCCUACAGAUUAUUAUUUACAUCCAUUUAUACAUGAAACCGAAACUUUGAAUAAAAAAAAUAGUAUAAAGUAUAAGAAAUAUGCAAAAGUAAAUGAAAUCCUAUCACCUUGUAUGGGAGACAAAUAUUACUACGAAUUUCUUAUAAACUAUAUCCGACGUCUAACUACAACUCUAGGUAAAUCAAAAUUAUUUGGCCUCUUUUGGGAAACAACCAUGAGUCAUGAUAAUCUAAAUGAUCCUGCGUUAAUGGAUAAAGCGUAUGGUCAGCUAAUAAAUAAGAUGGAAUCCACUGGCUACUUAAACGAAACAAUAUUAAUCUUUUUGAGUGAUCACGGUAUGGACACUGGAAAUAUAGUUUUAACUAAACAAGGCCAAAUUGAACAGAGACUACCAUUUGUUUUCAUUUUGAUGCCACCAUCAUUCCGUACACAGUAUAAACUAGCUUACCACAAUCUAAACGUUAACAAAGAACGUCUAACGACGCCUUUUGAUUUGCACGAAACAUUGGUUGAUCUCAUCGACAUGAGUGCCAUUACUAAAACGGAGAUAUUGAAAAGAAACUCAGGAUUUUAUACGCACAAUAGAGGUAUUAGCCUUUUCUUGCCGAUCCCCAAGAACAGGACAUGUGACAUGGCCGGUAUUAGGGCCUUGUGGUGCGCUUGCUAUAAUGACGUGAAUGUAGAACCAAAUAGCCCAAUACUUAUGGAUGCUGUUAGCUAUUUUACAAAUAAAACAAAUGAGAUGUUGAAGUCGUAUCCGCAAUGUCUGAAACUGAUAGUAGACGAUAUUAUUAUAGCAAAAGAAAUGAUACCGAUUUACACAAGAUAUAACGAAUGGCGGGACUUUAAUAUGGUCGUGCGCAUGGCGCCUGGAGGAGGUAUGUUUGAGACGAUUAUGCGGUUUUACAAUAACAGUUGGACUAUCGUUGAUCGUGUGAAACGGCUGAACUUCCCUGACUUUGGAACCAUGUGUAUCGAAGAUGCCACUAUAAAAUUAUUUUGUUUUUGUAAAUAG